CAUAUGCCAAAAACCUUCGUCGUUUGCUUUUUUAAAGCUUUUUUUGCGAAAUCGUUUUAUGUGCGUGCGUGUUGCCAUUGUUGACUCCGACUUUCGUAUCGGGUGUUAUCAACAAAUGACUGCUUUUACAUUUACAUUUAUUCCCCAAAUUGGGUCAUUUAAUUAAACAUAAUAGCCUUUUUAAAAUUAAAAGCUUACAAAGCAACAUCUGUUUUGGCUGGGUGGUCUUGCACAUUGGCUAUAAAUAAAAGUGGUCAUAACUUUGUGCAACUUUGUAAUCCGAAAUCAAAUAGAAACUAGACACUGGUUGAACAAAAAACUUUUAUAUAAAAUCGAUUUUCUCUUAUUAUAUUCGAAUGUAUGUUGCCUACACCUGCGUACCUUUGCUUGUAUUGCGCAUACACAUUCUCACUGCGGGGGUAUUAUUUCUAUACCUGGCGUUCGUCCCUCUCCCACUCGAAUGCUGCAGUAUUGCUGUCCUUUUCUGGGCUGCGGCGUCCCUUACACUUUUUGUGGAUCCCUUCACCCUUAUUACGUCUUGCGUAUGCAUUCCAUGUAGUGGUGUUAGUGUGCUGUAAGCAUGGGAACAGGGUGGGAUUAUUUUCAACUUUGUUAAGUAGUCGUGAGACGUAGGCUGAACGGAACGGAUCAUUGCCUCAAGAAAGAAUGUGACAUUUGAGUUUUGGAGGGAAGCGACAUAACCUAAAAAUGUGCAGUUUCAAGGUUAAUAGUUAAAUUGUUUUAGUGAAGUUGUGAAGUGUUAAAAUGGAGUGCAUUGGAUUUAUUUUCUUCGCUAUUAUUUCAGGAUAGACUUCGUGAUGUUAUACUCGUAUAGACCACCCGGCUACGAGAGUGAAACCAGCGAGUACUCAGAAGACUCGACCGUCGGCGAUGAUGUGCCGACUGCAACCAAAGGCUCUGGGUCGCGGAAGAAUAUCAACAGGGGAAGAUGGACGAAGGAGGAGGACAAGAACCUCAAGACGUACGUGCGAAUGUACAACGAGAACUGGGACGUCAUAGCGUCCCAGUUCCCGGACCGCUCUGACGUGCAGUGCCAGCAGCGGUGGACCAAAGUCGUCAACCCUGAACUAGUCAAGGGCCCGUGGACCAAGGAGGAAGACGAAAAAGUAGUGGAGCUUGUCGCUAAAUAUGGACCUAAGAAAUGGACGCUCAUUGCGCGGCAUUUGAAAGGAAGAAUAGGAAAACAGUGCAGAGAACGAUGGCACAACCACCUAAACCCGUCAAUAAAGAAGACAGCGUGGACAGAGCACGAGGACCGAGUGAUCUACCAGGCGCACAAGCAGUUGGGGAACCAGUGGGCCAAGAUAGCCAAACUGCUGCCGGGCAGAACGGACAACGCAAUAAAGAACCACUGGAACUCGACAAUGCGUCGAAAGUACGAACCGGAUAUCCUCGACAGUCUAGAAACAAUACGCAGAAGCAAGCCCGGUCGAGCGAAACUAGACGCAGUGAGAUACGCCGAGUGCGCUCCGAAGGUGCACGUCGCUUAUAACGAUGAAUGGACAACAGACCCGUUCAACGAGUCCACUCAAAGCACCUCAUCCACUACCAGCCAGCCUUCCAAACAACACAUGCACUUCAGACAAGUGCUGAAGGAACAAAUGAACAGCCGGUCGUUUGAACGAGCCAAAUCCCCGGAUAGAGGCGGGUUGUUGAAUGCUGAUACCGUGGAGAUCUGCGAGUCGCCUUACAAAUUCGUAGACAUAGAAAGUUUACCAUCUGGCUCACCUUUGAAGAAUUAUCUAGCUCAAGUUAAUAAUUCUAUGGCAACGACCAGCAAUCAAAAUAAUGCUCAACAACAACAACAACAACAGCACCAACAGUUCUCCCUACAGCAACACGACUACGCGUCUCCCAGAAGCAACAAGUCGCUCACUAACAGCCCGCCGCCGAUAUUGCGCCGAAGAGUGAAGCGGAACAACCCGCUCACUAACCACCUCGGCUGGUCAGAGACAAUAACUAAAGCUCUAGAAUGUUCGUCGCUCGGCGUGACUCCCAUCAAGGCACUUCCGUUCAGUCCCUCGCAGUUCCUGAACUCACCCCCAGCAGGCGAGCGGGGGGCGCCCCACCGGAGACAUGCGCAGGAGCUAGGCGUGAGUCCGCUACUCAGCACGCCGACUCCCGCCGUCCCGUCGGCGAGCCACCAGAGCCCCAACAUCACUCCCAUCAACAGGACCAACUUGAGGACUUAUACACCUAAAACCCCAACACCGUUCAAGAUAGCCCUAGCGGAACUAGAAAAGAAAUCGGGCCUGAAAUACCAGCCUUCCAGCCCGGGCAACCUGGUCGAAGACAUCAACGAGAUGUUCAAGCGGGAAGAAAGUUCCGAGCUGAAUGAUUCUAUAUUGUCACAGAAUGCCGCUUCUUUUGCCGCUGUACAGGCAAACGACUCAGGCAUAGGCAGUCUGAAACGCCGAGGCUCAACCUCUUCACUACAAGGCAAGGAGAACGUACCGAGCCAACACAAGAAAGCACGCAAAGCUUUGGCCAACAGUUGGGCCAACGUCACGACCAGCACGCCACACUCACACUCGCAUGGGGCUACGGUUGUUCCGGAUAACUCUUUUGCUGUUGAAACGCCGAGCAAAUCCCUAGCCGGCGACAGUUCAGUGAUGUUCUCCCCUCCCUCCAUCGUGAAACAAUCGCUUCUAGAAGAGUCCACGAGCCUCCACAGCUCCGACACCACUCCCGAGCCGACUAAACUCGAGAAACUAGAAGAUUUCGACAUCGAAACCGCCAUUACUGAAACAACUAAGGUACAACACAGCUCCUAUCUUCCCACUAAUUCCCUAACCGAUCCCAACAUCUACUACCAAGAAAUAUACGACACCCAAAUUGAACUUCCGCAAAAUCCGAGCGUUUUUAGGAAUAUUACUAAUCUAGAAUCGCCUAGAAGCUUCGCUAGGCUUAACGCGGAUCGCAUGAGGACUAUAACUUCCAAUGAUAUCACGUGUGAUAACGGCACGUCAUUGGCUCCUAAAGCGGUAUUGGCUAACGCGCUUGCUGAUCAUAUUUACAAAGUGACCAAUCAGAAGCCGUCUACGUCGCGUAUAGACGAGAUACUGACCAAUAAGAUAAUGACGACGAACGUGAAAACGGAUUAUAAUCAGAAAGAGAACCAAUGGGUGUGGCAGCACACGGAAUAUAAAGAUUCAGGUCAAGAUGAUAUUUAUCCGAACGAUUAUUAUAAUAUGUUCACUAACUUAUGAGUUUAUGAAUUCAAGUUCUGUAAAUAACAAGAUAAAAUAUGAUGGUGGGGUUUUUAACUCCGUGUGUCUUAAAAAUACUUGUUACUUGGUAAAAUGAAAUGCAAUAAAAUCUUCGUUUUUAAAAGAAAAGUAUUAAAAUAAAUGAGAUCAGCGUUCGUUGUAAAAUAUUAUGUUAGUUAGCCACUUUGUUCCAUCUAAUAUUCGAUAAAUCAUCAUAAAAGGAAUACAGAAAUUCCAAGUAGGUACGUAUUGUAAUGAUUUAAAAUUUUGAAAAAUUAUUGAAAAUCAUAAAAACUUAUAUGGAACAUAGUGAAUUUUCGUUGUUUUAAAAAAAGUUUUAAUAAUAAUGUUUUUUGUACUCUUUACUUAAUUUUAAUGCGCACCAAAUUAAAUGUAGGAAUAAACGAGAUUAGGAAGUAAGCUACCAAAGAUGAAAUUUUCAUCAAAUGAAUGUGAAUUUUUUAACUAAUAUAUUCUUAAAAAUAGAUUUUAAAAGUAACUUUAAGUUUUUAAAAUAUACCUCAAGUUUACCGUGCACCAAAAUCUUUUUAGUCUUAACUAUUUUUUAGAAUAAAAGUACAACUUUGAUGUCGUUUUAGGUAUUCAAGUAUUAAGUAGGUUUAGAGAUCGGACAAAUCAAAAGCGUCUUAGUAAUUGGGUGUAAACUUUUCAGUAUUUGAAAGUAAAAAAAUAUGAUUAAACGUUUUAAAAAAAUACUUAAUUAAUCCUUAGGAUCCCCAUCCUAUCCCUUGUAUUUAUUUAUUUAGAUACUCUAAUAGUAACUAUUUGCUUUGUAAUUUGCCUUCUAAAAUAUUAACAACUUACAUUUACGAUAUUCGAAAAAUUGUGUUCUUUUACAUUUUUCACGCGUUGGUUGUGUCAAAAUAACGUAGCUAUUUAUUUCUUAACUUUUUUUGUUGUUAAACUUGUAACAAUUUUAAAUACUAAAAUCGGCAGCAUUACUUAAUUGGUACCUUGAUUGAAAUAAAUAAAUGACAUUUAUCUUUUACCUUUCUCUCCUGGCUGAACCCCAAAAUAUGUUUGAUAACUUCACUUUGUUAUAGCAGAUAAUUAGCUAUAGUAAAGUUGUCUUUAUUUCAUGAGAUUAAGAUAAUCUAUUUCAUAUUUUGGUACUUAGGCCUAUCCCUUCCCAUACCCUAAAUCCCUUCACAAUAUUGACAGACUGUGUUGAAUCUAAUUUUCUUAUUCUAGUGAUGACUAUUUAUUUUUUGUUAAAGCAAUUGUUUUUUUGUUACUUAUUUAUGUUUUUAAAUUGUUUUAAUAUUUAUUCUGUAGCGCUUAGAAUGCUUAAAAUUCUUGUAUUUUUUUGGCAUUUGUAUUUUUUUAUAGUUUAGUUUAGCUGUCAAUAUUGUUUGUAAUCCAUUUCCGCACCUAAAGAUCCGAUGUCAUUCUUUUAUUUCAAUAAAUGUAUUUUUUUCUCUGA